CAGCAGCCACCAGCUCAAGCGUUCUCUUGUAGCCUUGCCUGUAGCCUACCUAGCCAAGAAGCUAGCUAGCUCGUCUAAGGUUGGUGGUGAUCGAUGGCGUCGUCGAGGGCGAUCCUAGCGCUGCUGCUCGCGGCGGCGGCGGUGGCGUCGUCGGCGUCGGCGCAGCUGGACGAGAAGUUCUACAGCCACUCGUGCCCCAGCGUGGAGGCGGUCGUCCGCAGGGAGAUGGUGCGCGCGCUCGCCGCCGCGCCCAGCCUCGCCGGCCCGCUCCUCAGGAUGCACUUCCACGACUGCUUCGUCAGGGGUUGCGACGGCUCGGUGCUGCUCGACUCGGCCGGGAACAACACGGCGGAGAAGGACGCGACGCCGAACCAGACGCUCCGCGGGUUCGGCUUCAUCGAGAGGGUCAAGGCCGCCGUGGAGAAGGCGUGCCCGGGCACUGUCUCCUGCGCCGACGUGCUCGCUCUCAUGGCCAGGGACGCCGUGUGGCUGAGCAAGGGCCCGUUCUGGGCGGUUCCUCUCGGCCGGCGCGACGGCAGGGUGUCCAUCGCCAACGAGACCGACCAGCUGCCGCCUCCCACCGCCAACUUCACCGAGCUCACCCAGAUGUUCGCCGCCAAGAACCUCGACCUCAAGGACCUCGUCGUCCUCUCCGCCGGGCACACGAUCGGGACGUCGCACUGCUCCUCCUUCACCGACCGGCUGUACAACUUCACCGGCCUGGACAACGCCCACGACGUCGACCCGACGCUGGAGCUGCAGUACAUGGCGCGGCUGAAGAGCAAGUGCACGAGCCUCGCCGACAACACGACGCUGGUGGAGAUGGACCCGGGGAGCUUCCGGACGUUCGACCUGGGCUACUUCAAGCACGUGGCCAAGCGGCGGGGGCUCUUCCACUCCGACGGCGAGCUGCUCACCAACGGCUUCACCCGCGCCUACGUGCUGCGCCACGCCGCCGGCUCCCAGGACGAGUUCUUCGCCGACUUCGCCGCCUCCAUGGUCAAGAUGGGCAACGUCGGCGUGCUCACCGGCAGCCAGGGCGAGAUCAGGAAGAAGUGCAACGUGGUUAACUAAUCCGAUCUCAUUAUUACCGUGUGAUUAUGGAUUGAUCAGCUUUUGAUUACGUGACAAUCUUUUUUUUUUCAUGUAGAUUAUCGCAAGAUUUCCCGUUCCUUUUUUUUUCCCUUGGUCGUUCCAAUCACUUCAUUAAUUAAUUGUUUUGUUUAUAUAGCCAGCCAUGCAUGUAACAAAGUUUUCUCCAAGUACUCGUCAUGAUCAGAUAAUAAGCUUCAUCUUUUUUCACCUU